UGCGGGCGUCGCUGACGGUGCCGGAGCUCCUUGGUGACCCGGAAAUGAACAACUGCUAGGCGGCCCUUCGGCCGACCUGUCGGGGUCAUCGGGCUCCAAUAUGGCGUGGAGGAGCUGCUCCGUCCUGCUCAGACUGACCGGAGAUGAAGGCUUACGGAGCUCCGUGAGGGGUGGCAGGUGGCCUCAAAGCUUCCAGCAGAGAUGCGGCUUCAGGAAAGCUGCAAAGAAACCCGAGUCCAAGAAGGUGGAAGAGGAGUUAGGCCCCGCCCACAGCGAGUCUUCUGAAGCCACGGCCCAGCGCCGGACCCCCGCUCCUCACUGGGACCAUCAAGCUCCGCCCAGUCCCCCACGCGCCUUCGGCCGGCUCGUCAGGCCGCUCGUCUUUACCGUCGGGUUUACAGGCUGCUCCUUCGGCUCGGCGGCCAUCUGGCAGUACGAGUCCCUCAAGUCUCGAGUGCAGGGCUACUUUGACGAGCUGCGAGCCGAUUGGCUGGACAAGGUGCGACCUCAGAAACGAGGAGACAUCCGCAAAGAGAUCAACCAAUGGUGGAACAGCCUGAGCGAGGGCCAGAGGACGGUGACGGGGAUCAUUGCUGCUAACGCCAUCGUGUUCUGCUGCUGGAGAGUGCCGUCGCUGCAGCGCUUCAUGAUCAGAUACUUCACCGCCAAUCCGGCCUCCAGGACUCUGUGCUCUCCCAUGAUUCUCUCCACCUUCAGUCACUUCUCCUUCUUCCACAUGGCGGCCAACAUGUACGUCCUCUGGAGCUUCUCCACCAGCGCCGUCUCCAUGCUGGGCCGGGAGCAGUUCAUGGCCGUGUACCUGUCGGCAGGUGUUAUUUCUACGUUUGUCAGUUAUGUGUGCAAGAUGGCCACGGGGAGGUUCGGCCCGUCUCUCGGGGCGUCCGGCGCCAUCAUGACCGUCCUCGCUGCUGUUUGUACCAAAAUACCUGAAGCCAAACUGGCCAUCAUCUUCCUCCCCAUGUUCACCUUCACCGCUGGCAACGCUCUCAAGGCCAUUGUUGCCAUGGAUACCGCAGGCCUGGUGCUUGGAUGGAGGUUUUUCGACCACGCUGCUCAUUUAGGAGGAGCCAUGUUUGGAAUCUGGUACGUUCUGUUCGGCCACGAGUUGAUCUGGAAGAACCGAGAACCUUUCGUCAAACUUUGGCACGACUUCAGAACUCGAAGGGGACCAGGAGGAGGAGGAGGAGGCGGCGGAGGGGACCGAGGAGGCGCCAUUUAGGACGCUGAAACGCAGAGAAUGAAGGAAAUAAAAUGCUAACGUAACAUGUAAAGAUGUAUAAAAUGUACAGAGAGAAUCACGGAGCCCCGGCACACGCCGGAGUCGAAGUAAAGACUCGUAUUUAUAAAACAUGAACGAUU